GAUUCCGCAGCUGAGACUUGCCCUUUCUCGUUAUCAUUAUCCGUUAACUUCAUCACCUUAAUUGUAAACAUUUCAUACAUCCAGCCAAUCACAGUCAACCAUGGACGCAGAUGCCACUAACCGUUUUGUGCCCGAGUACCGUCGUACCAACUUCAAGAACAAGGGUCGUUUCCAGAGCGAUGAGUUGAGAAGAAGAAGAGAAACGCAUCAAGUGGACUUGAGAAAGCAGAAGAGAGAAGAAGUAUUGCUGAAGAGAAGAAACUUCCAUAAUGAAAAUGCUGCCGAUGAUUCUGAAGAUGAAGACGAGUACAGUACCCAGGUUUCCAAUGACGAGACCCAGUUCUACUCGAAGUUGCAACAGGACCUCCCCAAGAUGAUUGAAAUGAUCCAGGCUGCCGACUUCGAUAAUCAACUCGCUGCUACCGUCAAAUUCCGCCAGAUCUUAUCGCGUGAACACAAUCCACCUAUCGAUCUCGUGAUCCAGUCCGGCGUGAUCCCCACUUUGGUGGAGUUCAUGAAGAACGAACAUCCCGAUAUGUUGCAGUUGGAAGCGGCAUGGGCUUUGACCAACAUCGCUUCAGGUAAUUCUGAGCAGACCCGUGUCGUUGUUGAUGCCAACGCCGUUCCUCUAUUCGUUCACUUGUUGUACUCGCAAUCGCUUGAGGUCAAGGAACAGGCCAUCUGGGCUUUAGGAAAUGUUGCUGGUGACUCCACCGAAAACAGAGACUAUGUCUUGGAAUGCAACGCCAUGGAGCCUGUUUUGUCGCUCUUCAACAGCACAAAGAUGUCGUUGAUCAGAACAGCUACGUGGACAUUGUCUAACUUGUGUAGAGGCAAGAACCCCCAGCCAGACUGGAACAUCGUUCAACUGGCCAUUCCCACUUUGGCCAAAUUGAUCUACUCUGUAGACUCAGAGACUUUGGUUGAUGCCUGCUGGGCUGUUUCUUACUUGUCUGAUGGUACUUCCGAGGCUAUACAGGCUGUUGUUGAUGCCCGUAUCCCUCAUCGUCUUGUCGAGUUGUUGGGCCACGAAUCGACUUUGGUCCAGACCCCAGCUUUGAGAGCUAUUGGUAACAUCGUCACCGGUACAGACUUCCAGACUCAGAUCGUCAUAAACGCUGGCGCAUUGCGGGCAUUGGCUCCGUUGUUGAACUCGCCUAAGGAAACCAUUCGUAAGGAAGCCUGUUGGACCAUCUCCAAUAUCACAGCAGGUAACACGGAUCAAAUUCAGGCGGUUAUUGACGCUAACCUCAUUCCACAAAUCAUCAGAUUGUUACAGCACGGUGAUUACAAGACCAAAAAGGAAGCCUGUUGGGCCAUUUCCAACGCUUCUUCGGGUGGUUUGACCAAGCCAGACCAGAUCCGCUACUUGGUUAACCAAGGCUGUAUCAAGCCUUUGUGUGACUUGUUGAGCGUGGCUGACUCCAAAAUAAUUGAAGUCACGUUGGACUCUUUGGACAACAUCCUUAAGAUGGGUGAAAUGGACAAGGAAGCCCUCAAUACACAGGUCAAUGAAAACGCUUUGUACAUUGAAGAAGCUGGUGGUAUGGAAAAAAUCUUCGAGUGUCAGACCAACCAAAACGAAAAGAUCUACCAAAAGGCUUACCAUAUCAUCGAAAAGUACUUCUCUGACGAAGAUGACCAAAUAGAUGACGAAGGCGUAGCCCCUCAGACCUACGGGGAUUCAUUUGGUUUCGGCGUUGAUCCAAGCCAACAGCAAAACUUCCAAUUCUAAUCUGAAAUAUAGAAAUUGAAAUGAAGUCGAGAUUUUGAAUUGAUGUAAAUCUAUAUUUGUUCGAAAGAAGUCCAACAAACAUUGAUAUACGAUUCAUAUUCAUAGAUUACGAAACAAACCAUAACUUACAUAAGCCGGAGUCAGCUUCUGGCUCUUGCUUGUCUCAUGAUCUCUAUCAUCUCAUCUUAUAUAUACUGUCUCUAGCCCUCUUCCAUAUAUAGCAAGUUUAUCGUCUAAUGCCUAAUUCUCUAAGAUUCGGUAAGAGGCUUCCACAGCCAAGGAGAACAUAGUUUAUGUAUAUCUCGCAAGUGAAACAACAUAUUCUCUAUAAUAAA